AUUGCCAGAAAUGAAAAUGAAAAUUAUGCCUUUCUGUUUCGUCAAAUUAAACUAAACUAAAAGUCGUCUUCCUCCACUGCCCUGACGGCUUUUCUAAAUUUCUCAGUCCACCUCCUGCCCUCAACCCACCCCCACCCCCACCCCCACCCCCUUCUGUACAACAUAUACAUACAUAGAUACAAUAUCUAUGUAUGUAUAGGCGAAACAGGAAUUUUCUGUACUUGAAUUUAGGUGAAUUGUGAGGGUCGAUCUUAUAGGAGAAGAUCUCGGUGCUAAUAUCUGAAGGAUCUACAAAAAGCCUCUCGGGUUGGAUCUGAACGGAAAUGGCGUUAUCCGGCAUGAGAGGUUUGUCAGUUUUCAUCAGCGACAUUCGUAAUUGCCAGAACAAAGAACAGGAACGUCUUCGUGUAGAUAAAGAGCUUGGCAAUGUUCGUACUCGCUUCAAAAACGAAAAGGGGUUGACACCUUAUGAGAAGAAGAAAUAUGUCUGGAAAAUGCUUUACAUUUAUAUGCUUGGUUAUGAUGUGGAUUUUGGUCACAUGGAAGCUGUAUCUCUGAUAUCCGCUCCAAAAUAUCCCGAGAAGCAGGUUGGGUACAUAGUGACAUCAUGUUUGCUCAAUGAGAACCACGAUUUUUUGAGAUUAGCAAUUAAUACAGUACGCAAUGACAUAAUAGGUCGCAACGAAACUUUCCAGUGUCUUGCAUUGACUUUGGUUGGAAAUAUUGGGGGAAGGGAAUUUGCUGAAUCUCUGGCACCUGAUGUUCAGAAGUUACUCAUAUCAAGUAGUUGUAGGCCACUUGUGAGGAAGAAGGCUGCCCUAUGUCUCCUGCGUCUCUUUAGGAAAAAUCCUGAUGUUGUGAAUGUUGAUGGCUGGUCAGAUAGGAUGGCACAGCUACUAGAUGAACGGGAUUUUGGUGUCUUGACAUCUUCCAUGAGCCUUCUAGUUGCAUUAGUGGCUAGUAACCAUGAAGCAUAUUGGAGUUGUCUUCCAAAAUGUGUUAAAGUGUUGGAAAGGCUUGCCAGAAACCAAGAUAUUCCACAAGAAUACACUUACUAUGGGAUACCGUCUCCCUGGCUUCAGGUGAAGACUAUGAGGGCUCUUCAAUAUUUCCCGAUUAUUGAAGAUCCAAGCACUAGAAGAUCAUUGUUUGAGGUUUUACAACGGAUAUUGAUGGGAACUGAUGUGGUGAAAAAUGUGAACAAAAAUAAUGCGUCACAUGCAGUCCUAUUUGAAGCCCUUGCUCUUGUCAUGCAUCUUGAUGCCGAAAAGGAAAUGAUGUCUCAGUGUGUUGCUUUGCUUGGGAAAUUCAUUGCUGUCCGCGAGCCAAAUAUUCGUUAUCUUGGCUUGGAGAAUAUGACUCGGAUGUUGAUGGUUACAGAUGUACAGGACAUUAUAAAACGACAUCAAGCUCAAAUUAUUACCUCACUGAAAGACCCUGAUAUCAGCAUUAGGAGACGUGCCCUUGAUUUACUUUAUGGCAUGUGUGAUGUUUCGAAUGCAAAGGACAUAGUAGAAGAAUUAUUACAGUAUCUCAGUACAGCAGAGUUCGUGAUGCGUGAAGAACUGUCACUUAAAAUAGCAAUUCUUGCAGAGAAGUUUGCUCCUGAUCUGUCAUGGUAUGUCGAUGUCAUCCUUCAAUUGAUUGACAAGGCCGGCGAUUUUGUCAGUGAUGACAUUUGGUUCCGUGUUGUGCAGUUUGUUACAAACAAUGAAGAUCUUCAGCCUUAUGCAGCUUUGAAAGCCAGAGAAUAUCUUGAUAAGCCUGCCAUUCAUGAAACAAUGGUCAAGGUAAGUGCAUAUAUCCUUGGAGAAUACAGCCAUCUUCUUGCCAGAAGGCCAGGAUGUAGUCCGAAGGAAAUCUUCAGUCUCAUUCAUGAGAAGCUUCCCACUGUUUCGACUUCAACAAUUCCUAUUCUUCUUUCGACAUAUGCAAAAAUUUUGAUGCACACACAACCACCAGAUCCGGAGCUGCAGAAUCAGAUAUUGGCAAUAUUCAGCAAAUAUGAGAGUUGCAUCGAUGCUGAAAUACAGCAACGAGCUGUGGAAUAUUUAGAGUUGAGUAAGAAAGGUGCAGCUUUAAUGGAUGUCUUAGCUGAAAUGCCUAAGUUCCCUGAGCGACAGUCCUCAUUAAUUAAAAAAGCUGAAGAUACCGAGGCCGAUACUGCUGAGCAAAGCGCAAUCAAGUUGCGUACACAACAGCAGACCUCUAGUGCUCUAGCAGUAACAGAUCAACCCUCUGCUAAUGGUACUCCACCAGUCAGUCACCUUGGUUUAGUGAAGGUUCCAAGCAUGACCAACGUGGAUCGUAACUUAGCAGAUCAAGGGGAGACUGAGCCAAAUGGAACUUUGACUGUUGUGGAUCCUCAACCUCCUUCAGCACCUUCACCUGAUGUCCUGGGAGAUCUUUUAGGUCCAUUGGCUAUUGAAGGCCCUCAACCUGCUGCCACCCAAACUGCCCAUAAUUUGGGUUCCGGUGUCGGCAUUGCUCCAUAUGCAGAGGAUGCGCUAGCACUUGCACCUGUUGAAGAACAGACUGCAACUGUUCAGCCAAUUGGAAAUAUUGCAGAAAGGUUUCAUGCCUUGGUCCUCAAAGACAGUGGUAUACUGUAUGAGGAUCCUUAUAUUCAGAUUGGCACAAAAGCAGAGUGGCGAGCACAUCAUGGACGACUUGUCCUCUUCUUGGGAAAUAAGAAUACGGCUCCACUUGUUUCGGUUCAGGCUCUGAUAUUGCCCCCAUCUCAUCUGAGAAUAGAACUGUCAUUAGUACCUGAGACAAUUCCUCCUCGUGCACAGGUUCAAUGUCCUCUUGAAGUAGUCAACCUCCGUCCAAGUAGGGAUGUGGCGGUUCUUGACUUCUCAUAUAAUUUUGGGGCGCAGUUGGUCAAUGUUAAACUUCGACUUCCUGCCAUCUUGAAUAAGUUUCUUCAGCCUAUAACAGUAUCUGCCGAAGAGUUUUUCCCACAGUGGAGAUCACUAUCUGGUCCACCACUGAAGCUCCAAGAAGUGGUUAGGGGUGUAAGACCAAUGUCGCUUCCGGAAAUGACAGACUUGUUCAACAGUUUGCGCUUGAUGGUUUGUCCAGGGCUUGAUCCAAAUGCAAAUAAUUUGGUUGCUAGCACAACUUUCUACUCUGACAGUACACGAGCCAUGUUGUGUUUGGUAAGAAUAGAAACUGAUCCAGCUGAUAGAACUCAACUGCGUAUGACGGUUGCUUCUGGAGAUCCUACUCUGACAUUGGAGUUGAAGGAGUUCAUCAAGGAACAAUUGAUUAUUAUCCCUACAGCUCCCACGGCUGCUGCACCACCAGUUCCUCCCCAACCUCAGCCAACCUCUCCGCCUCCGCCAGUAUCAGACCCCGGGGCACUGCUUGCUGGUUUGCUUUAAGUGGUUUUCAAUUUGUGGUGGGCUUUGUCCACAAACGACGGCUGUAAAAUUUGUUUAUAUUGCACACCCACACGUCCCAAAGGCUAGAACGACACUGAGAAACGGGAUGCCAGGGCUGGCGGAAGAGAGGGUGAGACUUCUGAUCGGCAUAGCAUAUCAUUGGAUUUCUGGGACGUUAAGUCGGAGUUUUGAGAUUCUUUUGCACAUAUAUCUUGUGCUUUUGUGAGGUCUGUAGUCUUUAGAUGUGAGGGUCUAUUAAUUCUUUUCUUCUCCUUUAAAUUUUAUAUUUGCCUUUAGUCAGGUUUUACACAAUCGAUUCACUCGGUGUUUAUAAGUUCCACAUUGGUUUGUCUCUAUGUUUUUUAGUUUCGUACGAUUAUAAUUAGGAAAAAGAAAUAGAGCGUUGAUUGAAUUUCUUGCCCGUUGUUGUCUUGAAGAUGUGUUGAAGGUGUUUUACAUUAACACUCAAUAAUCUAAAUGAAGCUUAUCCUGAAA